CCCGCGCUUCAUUCUGGUGGUGUGUUGCUGUUUGCUUAGCUCUAAAUUAUGCUAUUUUGGUAGUUGUUGCUUUUUUUUGGUCGACAAUAAGAAGGGAAAGAACAUCCGCGCAAGAAACGAUCGGUUUUCAAGCAGGUUUUGUCUUCAACAGGUAGUGGGGGAAUUGCAUGCGCAAUCGGGAUUUAUCAAAAUGUUGCUGAUCCUGGCGGCCGACCAUCAGUUAGGCAGAAGCGCUCGAACGAUAAGGAGCUCCUCGUUAGUUCCUGGUGGAGAGUUCAGUGUCGGUGCUACAGCGUUCGGUGGUGUAGGUGAAGGCUGUUGGUGCAGUUUUUUUUGUGAUCAAACUGUAACAUAUCACCCGGUUAACCCGGUCACAUUGGAUUUUGUGAGGAAAGAGUUUUGUGUGGUUUGGUUUGGAAUCAAAUAUCGAUAGAGACGAGUUACCGGAUUCGGUGUGUGCGCGAGUCAAGAUGCGGCUAGACUGCAGAUGGAUGCUUUUGCCAAUGCUGGCACUUUUCGUCGAAGCUAGAGAUGCACGAGCAUAUCGUGGAGGCAAAGCAGAAUACAUGAAAGCGGAUCGUAAAGGAGAAACCCAGUUUCAGCAUCAGAAAACUAUCGAUGGGGCCGUAUUGGGAUGCUUCGGAUACGUUGACGGACAGGGAAAAAUGUUUGUCACUCAUUACUUGGCCGAUGUGUCGGGAUAUCGGAGCGUAAGUUUGUCCGCUCCUGAUAAAAUCACCCGCGAUCGUCUCAAAUUGUUGAGGAACGGUGAAGAUGGACCAGCAGCAGAUCUAUUUCCGGUCGACUGUACGGAGGAAGGAGAUUUGGGAAAGUUGCAACGGAUGGCUGAUAAAAUAAAGAAAGAGUUUGAGAGUGGUAAUGAUGAUGAGGAACCGCAAAGGAAAUCUCCCUCCUAUGAUAAGAAAGGAGAACCAGCCAAUCCCACUGAAGGUGGAAAUGUUCCGAAAAAGAGUGAUAAUGAUAGUCAAAAGCCGAAAAAACAACCAUCAGAAGCAAUUCCGAGUGAAAUGCCAAACAAACAACAAAAUGUUCGAUUGAUAAACGUCAGAGAUCCGAGUACAUUUAGAAAACCGGUAAAGAAACUCGUAGAAAGCGUAUUACCGACACGGAAAUCGCCAACUAAACCAGGUGUAAGUAACGAUAAAUCAGAUCCUGCAAAUGAUUCUCAAGCGAAAGCAGAACCAGGAAAUUCUACUCCUGAAAAACUGCAAUAUCCGAAGUCAUCACAACAACCGAAUCAAGUGGACCAGCCGCAAUCUAAUAAGCGAUUUGAGAAACCUUCAGAAAAGGAACAGGACCUGUCCACAAAGCCAAAUGUAGCAGCUAAGACAACGGCUGAUACUAAAAAUACAAAAGACGAUUUAGCAGCUGAAAAGCCAAAAGAUGAACUGAAUAAAGACCCAACUGAUAGAAAGCAAUCGCCGAAGUCCGGAAAUGAACCAAGUAAGCUGUAUCCAGAAACCUCAAAGCCUGAACCCAAGAAGGAGUCUGAUAAGUCUGCAACCAAAAACAAAAAGCCCAACAAAGAUGCAAAGGCAUCUGAGAAGCCCGAAGAUCAACAAGACGAUUCGAAUGCGGAGGAUGAAUUAGACGAUGAUUCUAACGAUCCUAAGCAAUCGUCGAAGACAGGAAAGGAACCGAGUAAGGCCGAUAAAGAAUCUCCAAAGGCUUUAACCAAGAAGGGAUCUGACGAUCCUAAGGAAUCGUCGAAGUCAGGAACAGAACCGAGUAAGGUCGACAAAGAAUCCUCAAAGCCUGAACCGAAAAAGGGAUCUGACAAGCCUGCAAGUAAGAACAAAACGCCCGACGAUGAUGCAAAAGCAUCUGAGAAGCCUGAAGAUCAACAAGACGAUUUGAAUGCGGAGGAUGAAUUAGACGAUGAUUCUAACGAUCCUAAGCAAUCGUCGAAGUCAGGAAAGAAACCGAGUAUGGCCGACAAAGAAUCCUCAAAGCCUGAAACCAAGAAGGGAUUUGACGAUCCUAAGGAAUCGUCGAAGUCAGGAAAGGAACCAAGUAAGGCCGAUAAAGAAUCCUCAAAGCCUGAACCCAAGAAGGGAUCUGACGAUCCUAAGGAAUCGUCGAAGUCAGGAAAGGAACCAAGUAAGACCGACAAAGAAUCCUCAAAGCCUGAACCGAAAAAGGGAUCUGACAAGCCUGCAAGUAAGAACGAAAAGCCCGACGAUGAUUCAAAAGCAUCUGAGAAGCCUGAAGAUCAACAAGACGAUUCGAAUGCGGAGGAUGAAUUAGACGAUGAUUCUAACGAUCCUAAGCAAUCGUCGAAGUCAGGAAAGAAACCGAGUAUGGCCGACAAAGAAUCCUCAAAGCCUGAAACCAAGAAGGGAUUUGACGAUCCUAAGGAAUCUUCGAAGUCAGGAAAGGAACCAAGUAAGGCCGAUAAAGAAUCCUCAAAGCCUGAACCCAAGAAGGGAUCUGACGAUCCUAAGGAAUCGUCGAAGUCAGGAAAGGAACCAAGUAAGGCCGAUAAAGAAUCCUCAAAGCCUGAACCCAAGAAGGGAUCUGACGAUCCUAAGGAAUCGUCGAAGUCAGGAAAGGAACCAAGUAAGGCCGAUAAAGAAUCCUUAAAGCCUGAACCCAAGAAGGGAUCUGACGAUCCUAAGGAAUCGUCGAAGUCAGGAAAGGAACCAAGCAAGGCCGAUAAAGAAUCUCUAAAGGCUGAAACCAAGAAGGGAUCUGACGAUCCUAAGGAAUCGUCGAAGUCAGGAACAGAACCGAGUAAGGUCGACAAAGAAUUCUCAAAGCCUGAACCGAAAAAGGGAUCUGACAAGCCUGCAAGUAAGAACAAAACGCCCGACGAUGAUGCAAAGGCAUCUGAGAAGCCUGAAGAUCAACAAGACGAUUCGAAUGCGGAGGAUGAAUUAGACGAUGAUUCCAACGCUCCUAAGCAAUCGUCGAAGUCAGGAAAAGAACCGAGUAUGGCCGACAAAGAAUCCUCAAAGAAAGAACCCAAGAAGGGAUCUGACAAACCUGUAAGCAAGAACAAAAAGCCCCACGAUGAUGCAAAGUCGUCCAACCAACCUGAUGAUCAGGAUGCUGAAAACGAAGACGGGAAAUCGGUUGAAGAUGACCGAAAUGCUUCGAAAUCAGUGGCUUCUCGCUUUUCUGAUCCAAGUGGAAAAUCUAGUAACAAGGGCAAAACCGAUCCAAAUAGCCCAUCAGGACCAGCGACUAGAGAGGGUCCGUCUGCAUCGUCGCUUACUAAUAUUUACCCAACGCCACCAUUCGAAGCUGAGCUCCCGUCGUCGGGGCUGAGUAGACCAAGUGAUUCAAAUGACGUUUUGCCUACUAUUAGCAGGGUGUUGCCAGUGAAUCGAGACAUUAUUGCUUCAUUGCUUGGCGGUGGAAUUGGAAAUAAACCUCCGAUAGCUCCAAAAACGGCCGCACCAUCAGCAACCGACGGUGAUGUGUACGAUGAGGUAGACGAUGAAGAGGACACUGACUCGGUUGAUGCAGAAACGGCAGAGAAGCAACAGAAAAACGAACCGGAAAAACCGAACCAAUCACGCCCGGAACCAACGGAUGCAGGCAGUUGCAUCGAGAUCGUACUGAAGGUACCUACAGACGCUAGGCAUGUAAUAGUGCGGACGGAAAAUCCAACGUUUAAAACGCAAGAUGGAGCUUCGUUGAACGACCUGGUGAACAAAAUUGCCCCUGGUGUUUAUGAUGUCCAGCUGGCCAAGUUUGGUAAGGUGGUGUUUGAGAAGUAUGAUAAACCCUCGUCCGAGGCAGGAUCGGGAGCACCGAGCAAUCUGGGAAAGGCAUUCAAUUAUGAUGAGCUGGUACCGAAGCCAAGGAAUUCUGUCUCUAAUGCACGAGUACCGGGAGAUAGUACAAAUGCGUACCUACCGAAGGCCGAUAACGCUCGAUCUCGUGUUGACGUUAGUGGUGAUGCGAAAAGUGGAAAGUCGGCUAGAGAUGAAAAUGAGCCAGCAAACCAACGCCACAUUCCGGACAGAUUCCUAGGAAAGGGACGACGAGGUUGAAAAUAUUGGUUCGAAAUCGAGUUUGAAGACUGGUAGGGAAAGGGAAACACAUCCGUAGGAUUUGGGGUGGAAAAACUAUGGCGACAGUGUCAUUGAUGUAAUUCUAUCUAAAGAAGAAACAAAAAUGAAAGAAGCAAGGUACAAUGGGUAAUAAAUAAAAAAAAUCAACAAUAUGUGGAACCUGGUGUAUAAGAAUAUUUUAAUGGGUGGUGGGAAAGUA